GUUCAUGAGCUCUGUCGACGCCCAGAAGGAGGAGACCAUGAGACAGACGCUCGAGCGCGUGGACAAGCACUUCCAAGAGAUCUUCGCCGAUCUCGUUGCUGGCGGCGUGGGCAAGCUGCGGAUGAUGAACGCCAGCGACCGGGUUAUCGAUCCGGAGGAAACUCCUGCCAGACUGGGCGAG